AUGGGCGAUCUCAACCCCACUCCGCCAGUGGCCACUGAUCUCAGCGGAAAGACUGCCUUAGUGACCGGCUGCAACAAGGGCCUCGGGUUCGAAGUUGCUCGUCAACUGAUUCUGCUGAAAGUCUCGCGCUUGAUAAUCACUACUCGUGACAAGCCCAAAGGCGAAGCUGCGAUUGCAGCACUUCGAGCUGAUCCAGAAGUUGCGAAAUUAGAUACCCGCCAGACACCCAUCCGCAUUGAAUGGUUCCAGGUCGAGCUUGAUGACUACGGAUCCGCAAUUUCAUUCGUCCAGGAAGUUCGAAGGAAUGUCCCGGAGCUUGAUAUCCUGAUACUUUCUGCGGGCAUGUAUCAACUGGAGUUUGAGAUGGCCAAAACUUGCCAUGAGAUGAUAAUGCAAGUGAACUGCUACACCAACUGCCUGAUCCUCCUCAAUUUGCUGCCUCUCUUGCGUGCCACCUCCCAAAAGCGAAAUUCUCCCUCCCGCGUGACAGUUGUCGGCUCAUUUACUAUGAGAUCCACUUUCGUGAAAAGCUCACGAAUCCCUGGGAACCAGAGCCUCAUCGAAUAUCUCGACACCAGGGAGAGCCAUCAACGGCUCCUGCGCUACCCGGAUAGCAAGUUUUUGAUGCACAUCUUUGUCCAACACCUGGCCACCGUCGCUAAUCCAACCGAGGUCAUUAUCAAUACAGUCUGUCCUGGAGUAGUCAUGACUGACAUCCUCGCGUCUGGGUCAAUCUUGGCGCGGGCAUUGAUGUGGGCCCAAUGGCUUUCCAUGGGCCGUUCAGUGGAAAAGGGGGGUGGUUUGAUCAUUCAUGCUGCUACGGCUCUUGGUGAAGAUAGCCAUGGCCAGUUCAUUCAGAACGGUCAAGUUGAUAGUGGUGCCACAGAGCUUGUUCAUUCCCUUGGUCCAACCCUCGCUACUGGGUUUUGGCAUGCAAUUCAAGACGAAAUCAGCACUGUCUGCGCCGAAUCAGCAGAUACAACCCUUGAACCCAACCCCGCCGGCGAGCCCCGAUAG